UGAUGAGGAUGGACAAUGAGCUUAUAACUGCCUUGAUCGAGCGCUGGAGGCCUGAGACACACUGUUUCCACCUUCCAGUUGGUGAAGUUACCGUAACCUUACAUGAUGUGCAAAGCCUGUGGGGUUUGAGAGCAGACGGUCGUGUUUUCACUGGCCGUGACUACCCUGUUGGAUAUAAAGAGUGACCCAGCAAGUGUAGAGAUGUGUUGGGAUGGAUACCUGACUGAGAAACAGAAACGAAGCACGGUGGUUUGUUGAUGACAUCUCUGAUCCACCAAGCGACCAUGCCGUUGGGUGAUGGGCUGCAUGAUUAUGCAUACAUCCAAAGAGCACGCAUACAUGCUCUGAUCUUGUUAGGGGGGACUUAUUUUACCGGACACCACAGGAUGCAAGGUCCCCUUUAUGUGGUUAAAUGCCUUUGACGAUCCGGAAGAAGUAGCUAAUAUCAGUUGGGGUAGUGCUGCUUUAGCAUAUCUGUACCAUUAUUUGUGCGAGGCUUCUGUAGGCAGGCAGAGAAGAGAUGUGGGUGGACCUAUGGUUCCCUUGCAGCUGUGGGCGUGGGAAAGAAUGCCUACAUUGAGGUCAGCCUUCUUGAUAUCGCCUAUGCACACGCCGUAUACCCCGUGCGGAGCUAAGUAAUGUGGCACGGAGUUACUGAAAUUCGUAAUGCUCCCCGACAUUCAGUAGCUCAUUAUCGUGAUCAAUUAUCACUGAUUCGUCCGGGCCAGGUUAAAUUUAUUUUUGUUGACUUAUUUAAUGAAUUUACUAUAGUAUGCAGAUUGUAUCAUGCCCGAUUACUGCAUUGAUCCGACUGCAUCCUUCUUGUGCGACACUUAUUUGGUGUGCUGGUCAUUUGUCGAGGCACACGAGGCUGGAUGCGUUUACCGACAACUUAACCGCUACCAACGUAUUCCUCAGUAUUGUGAUAGGAUGCUGCAUAAUGCCAGACAUCUGUGUAAAAGUUAUCGCCGUGGGAGGAAGGGCGCCGAUUGGGUUAAGGUAUAUAAAUUCUUCAAUAAUGAAUGGGAUUUGAGACACGACAGGUUCCAAGCAACUUUUGACCAUGCCACGGCGACAAUGGAUGGUCGCAUUAAUCCGAGCUAUAUGGCGUGGUACAAUAGGAUCACAGUGUUGUACCUAGUUCAACCUGCGACACAGUCAACUAUUGGGAUGAACGAGUCAGCCUCUUCAAUGAAGAAAUUGGUUGAGACCCUUCAGGGGAUAUGGCAUUUGACCUCUGAACAUGACACAGACCCUUGGUUACGGCAGAUUUGGGAAAUGGCUGCUAGGAUGUGACGGAGUAUCCAACUUCGUACGACGGAUCAUACUGAUGUAAUGGAGUAUCCAACUUCGCAACGGCGAAAUAUGGUCAUGCCGUCAGAAAGAAGAUGACCAUGAAGACGAGGGCGGGGAAGAAGAUGAUGAAGUUAUAUUUCAACCACCGACCGAGGGAUCCUCACGUCCAACUGUGAAGAGUUCAUCAAGUAAGAUUGGGAAGGCUAUGCACAAUGUAUUAAGGGGGUUUUCCACAAGGAAGAACAAAGGGAAAGCUCCAACAAAGUUCACGCUUUCGGGGAAAUAAUAUUUCAACAAGGAAUAACAAUGUAUUGUUACAUUCAAAUAGUUUUUCUAUUAGUACUAAAAAAAUAGUCAUCUAACAAUUUCUUGUUUCAACUUCAAUUCUAGCAAAAAUAAUUCUCAUUUUA